UUUUUCCCUUUGCAUUGUGAGUGUUUCUUGAGAGAAAGAGAGAGUGAUAAGUUCAGAGAAAGAAACAUAGAUGGGGCAUGUAGAAAAAGAGUCAUUGGCUUUAGCAGCAGCUUCAUCAAAAGCGAUGCCUCUACCUCUGCUUUCAUUGAAUCACGUCUCUUUUAUAUGUAAGAGUGUGAGCGAGUCUCUGAAAUUCUAUGAAAAUGUCUUGGGAUUUGUGCUCAUCAAGAGGCCUUCUUCUUUCAAAUUUGAAGGGGCUUGGUUAUUCAAUUAUGGCAUUGGCAUUCACCUACUUGAGUCAGACAAGGUUCCGGCGAAAAGAGGAGAGAUCAACCCCAAAGAAAAUCAUAUCUCCUUUCAAUGCUCAGACAUGAAGCUUAUAAUGCAGAAACUUGAUGCAAUGAAUAUUAAGUAUGUGACAGCAAUUGUAGAAGAGGGUGGAAUUCAAGUUGAUCAGCUAUUCUUCCAUGACCCAGAUGGAUAUAUGAUUGAAAUAUGCAAUUGUCAAAAUCUACCUGUGCUUCCAAUUUCCUCGUGCCCUCUAAAGCUGCCUAGUACCAACUAUGCAAAUGAUCAAGCACCAUCUUUCUAUGGAGAAGAAACCUGGAAGAUGUACUGCUCUACAGAAGAAGCUAUGCUGAUGAUGGAGAAUUUGGUGAUCGAUAUGUUGAAGAUCUCAAUAUGAGAGUUUAAUAGGAAUUGAAGUAAUUUCCUUAAUCAUUUUGUGAAAGCCUUGUUAUCCAAAGAGAUAAAAGGACAAACAGAGAAAGAAAGUGCGAUAGUCAAUUACAUAAAUCUCAUUUUGUACAAAACCCCGUUAUGACCCUUUUUAUUUCUUGUAUUUUUUGGAUAUGCUUUUGGAAACCAGA